AUGGCCCCCAGUCUACGAGAUUUGAUUGAUUUCCUGUUGGCAGAGAUUGCUCUGUGUGGUGAUCAAGGAGCUUCAUCUUCGGAUGUCCUCUCUUUCAUCGAUGCUUUCUACAAAAAAGCUCAAGAUGCAAAGCAUCGAAAUCACCUCGUCGACAGACGCUUCCAGGAAAAAGUCUGGUCUUGGUUAACCAGAAACCCAGAAGUUUCUGUCGGUAAAAAUAAAGAGAGUAACCAUCUCAGUCUCAAUGAUGUCGAGCAAGCAACCCGCGAUGCAGACCCGGAUCACCCCCCAGUCCGGGUCUUUGUCUCGGAACAGCGAACAUGGCUUGCCAUCACCGGCCAUGAACCGGACGAAACCAAGGUCCUGCCGACGGAAUUUGCCCUCUUGUCUAUCAUCGCAUCGCAUAAAUCAGACGGUGUCGCCCAGACAGAGUUGGUCAAACUCAGUGGCCAAGAUAAGCGCUCUGUGCCCAAGAGAACCGACAUGCUACAGCAAAAGGGGUAUAUCGAGAAAAGAGCCAUCCAGAUCAAAUCCGCGCGGACGAGUCUUUGCACCCUGCGCAAAUUCCUCAAGCAGGAACCUCUACCCACCGAGACACCAGUCGGUGACAAGGACCAAGGGGAUAAAAUUAUUGACUUUGCAGUGUUUAACGAGAAGCUCUUUAAAAUCCUCAGAGAGUUCAAGGUCAUCUCCCGUAUUGAUCUGAAGCAGAUGUUGGGGUUUGCCGAUGCGUGGCGGUGGCGUGUACUCUCGCGCGCGCUUCGCAAAUUCGAGCGUGUAGGCGUCCUCAAGCGUGUCAGGGCGAUGUCGCAGUAUGCGGAUACGAUGAAAAAGUUCCAUCCCUGUGUCAUGCUCAUUCGGGACCCGACCGAAAGGGACAUGGAGCUGUUUCAUGAAUUUAGUCGAAGCAUCUUUACAAAUAUAGGACGCGAAGAUAAUGCAGAGUUGGACGAGGAUGUGGAUGGCGCUAUCAGACAGCCAGAUGAUGUUGAUACGGUCAGCGUGGCAACUCGUAGUGAGGAAAACGUGGAAGAAGCUGGUCGGACGCUGCCCACCUGGACGCCGGAUCGAAAUAUACACAACAUGCUUUUUGACACUGUUGAUGGCGCGGGGAUAUCUGGGAGGACCAACUACAGUAUCAUCCGGACCUGUUUUGGGUCCUUCUUCCGUCGGCCGUUGGAGAACGCCCUGACCCGUCUAGUGGAAUGCUGGCAACUAUCACAACCUCUACAUCUACGUCAUCUUGCAAUCGUCCGAGACACCGCUCUUGACCGAACCGUCACCCAUUACGUCCACUACUCCACAACAAAUUUCCAAAAGCUUGUCGAUGCCGGAGAAGCGCCAUGGGAAGCCGUUGAAUUCGUCCCUAAAGGCCCUAAGGAUGGCACUGUCACUAUACCCCCUGUUGACGCCACUCCUGAACUCGACGAAUAUGGACUUCCGAUUACUGGACCGACAAAAGAGUUGUUUAGAGAUGGCAACUCUACUCUUCUUGAAUGUAUGGCAGUCGUCAAGCCUGUGGAUUAUGUUUUAUCUGGCAGUGACCCUCUGGCAAUACGGCAAGAAGAUGGCACAUACAGCGUCCGGUAUGGACAUCAAAAACUCCCAUCUGGAACCCUCCACCGUAUCAAAACCGUUGGUCGACCAAAGGGUACACCAAACCGACCCAAACUGGAGGACCUGGAAAGCCAAGCCGGCGCUGUAGAUGAUGCUGUCGACGAGGAGCUCGUUUUUGCCAAGCCUAAGAAGCCAAAACACGACCCAGACCGUUUCAAAGGAAUGACUGAGAAAGAGAAACUUGAGGCUCUCGGUUUGGACGAAACAUGGACUGAGUACAGCAUCCUUCUAAUCGAUCGCCCGACGCCCGGUGUCUAUAUCACCCCACGUGGCCGACGACGACCGGCAGGGAAACGACAAGGUCGUCCAAGAAUCAGCCGGCUGGCGGUUUUUAAAUCACCACAACUGAAAGCACUCCCUUGGUUUGUCGAACAGGAAGAGGAACAAGAAAAUACCGAAAGCGUUUCGCAAAGGGAUUCGCAGGCACCUGGCACCGAAACUCCUGCUGGGACACCGGCGCGUGAACCUACCUCUUCCAAGUUUUCUGAACGCCGGUUUGGUGGAGUGUCUGGAACGUCUAAAUCUCCAGCUACGCCUUCAAGAAGGGGAAAGAGGAGGAGGGGGUUACAGCGGCAGGAGUCUUUCGAAGCAGAGUCUGUUCCGGGGUCAGCUAGAUCUUCGAGAGGGCCAUCGAAGCAGCGACGCCUUAAUGAACCAGAGAGGGGUUCACAAGAUGUAAUCAUGUCUUUGGACCGAGAUUCUGAGAUUCCCAAACCUGCUGAAGAUAUACCUGUUGAAGAUACUACUAUGGACACAGCCGAGACUCCUGUGAAGGAACUUAAACGGAAGAGGGCGCAAUUGCCAAAGGUUACAGGGCCAGCAAAAUUUGAAGCAUCAGAAGUUGUUCAAGAUCAUAUCAUUGACCCAACGCUGAUGCCGACUCCGCAAGAGGAUCAAACAAAAAGACCUCGUCGUGACUCUCAACCGCCACAAGAUCAAGUGGAUGUUUCUGUUGCUCCAGUAGAGACCCCGAAGCCGCCAGCUCCGUCGGAGCCGUCAGAAGCUGGGGUUAUUGAGAAAACCACCACUAUUCCACCCACUACACCCUCAGGCCCUGCAAUUGAACAAGAUGCAAACCUAACACUCAAUGGGCAACAAGACUCAAUUGUUCCUGAUGCCCCAGUCAUCUCUGAAGAAGUACCUGAAAGCGGUGAACGCGAUGGUUCAAUGGUUCAAGAAGGGAAGUGGUUUAAAAGAAAGACAGACAAAGGAGGCUCUAUUGCCUUUUUGCGGCGAAAGAUCAUCAUGGAAAUUAUUGAAAAGGCCGGUGGUGCAUAUCCCAUGGGCACUGAGCUUUGGUAUCCGUUCAUGACAGCGUGGAAAAAGACAAAACACAAAGAAAAGCCAGAUCUGCGCACGAUCAGGAAUUCAGUUAAGCAGAUGGUAGACAGUGGCAAGAUUCGGCAGCUUACUUUCAGCGGCAAAGACAGCAAAGGAGUGAUGGUUACGAAGAAAAUCCUAGUGAAAGCUGAGCUUGCGCCGGAUGAUGCCAUUAUUCAAGAUUUGCAGAAAAACAUGCUGUCCACUGAAGAAAGGUUCUAUUUCCCGCCAAACACUGAAAUCGACGCGGACGUGACCAAGAGCGGCGGCAGGACAAUUGCUCGUCGCAACGAGCCCAAGAUUGUCCCCCAACUCCCGGUUGAGACUGGGGUCACGGUCCAUCUACAAACGAAGCCGGCCUUUGUCGUGGCGCAGGAAAAGAGGAGAGGCCAGAGUAUUCACAGGAAAUUGUUACAUAGUCUGGGUCUUGAAAGCGAAUCGCCUAGACAACGCCGGUCCAAGGUCGUUCGACUUUUGAAGAUUCAACGCGGAUCUACGAUGAGCAAUCUUACGUCCAUCUCGAGGCCACACGGUGACGAGGGCAUUGAGCAUGUCCAGAGGCGCAGAGCCCCCGGUGGCAUGAAGCGACUUUUAAAACCGAUAUCUUCACUGGGCCCGUACGCGAUGUCUAUGAAUCCAAAGCAGGUAUUCCAUCCGACAAGUGGGACCUUUGGAACACAUGCUGGCCUUGCGGCUCUCCGGGUUAGGCCAUGGCCUAGAGAGGCCCGAGAAGCUCGAGAAACUCGAGAAACUCGAGAGGUUCGGGAAAAGCCAGCGUUUGAGUUACCGCAGUCGCUUGAGGAGCUAUUCCAUCAAACACGACGAAGAUCUCUCGGUCAGAAGACCGAAACGCGCAGGUUUUUCUCUGAUAACGAUGUGAUUCUCAGAUGGGAGCUUCAAAACGAAGAACUCCUUGAAGAGGCAAGAACUGAGGACCUUCAUUAUAUCAACCAAAGUGUUCAGUAUUCCUUCGAGCCUGCACCGAUUGACGGUGAUAUCCGAUUUGCCUUGGAGGAUACUGGCCAUGAAGUAGCUCGGAUUAAACGACGCGUUCCACCUAGGAAAAAGCCCCCUCGUCGUCCUCAGAAUGUGGAAAUGGAACCGGCAGAACCGGACGUUUACGAGCCAUCCAAAUAUGUUCCGCAGAACCGUCGUCUCACGAAGUUGAGUGAGUUGAUGACUACCGAUGGGAUGGAUGCGAGCAUGGCCGCUGCUGCGGGUCCUGCUACGAGACAACCGGCUCGUCGCAUGCGCGUUGGAUACCAAGUAUCCCACAUGUUGGUCCAGAAGGUCCUGACUGCAAUUGUGGCCGUUCGAACAUUAGCAGGCGGUACUGAAGGCAGGUCUAUAGACUGGUCUCUUGUCGCGAAAGCCUUCCCAGGAUACGAUCCGAAGUUUAUUCAGGAGCGAGGAAAGGCGGCACUGAACAAAAGCCGACUUCAGGCAGCCAAGAUGCAGAGUGAUUUCCAGGAGCGGUUUAUCGAGGCGUACGAGAAUGGCCAAGUCCCCAGUAUCAACUACGAAUAUCUGGAAUCGUAUGAUUGGGAAGGCGUUGUUGAGUGGGCGACUACACAACUGGAUGUUCCUACGUCUGAGAAGCUACCGGAUCUUCCUGCUACACGAGAACAGUUUGAUGGAGUGUUUGAACUACGCGAAGAAGCACCAACAACCGUUGACGAGAUCUACCAGAAUCCUCAGUCGCUUACUGUCUAUCGGAAACGCACGCUUUUCGCCGGAGUGCCGUUCGCAGUACCAUUAGAGGAUCGAGCUGCCAAGACGACGCCUCGGAAGGAAGAGCUGUCACGUUUGGAUGCGGCCAAGGCGUGGGUUCGCGCCAAUAUAAUCACUCCGGAAGAGACGUAUCGGCCUGCUGAGGCUCGACAAGCGCUUGAGGUAUUUGGGGAUGCAGUUAUUGGAAGCGCUGUGCAGUCUCUAGUAACCGAACGUGCAAUCUCGAUGGGCAACGGAGGACGCAUCAUGCCUGGACGCAACUAUGAUAUCACGGAUCACUUCAUUUUCACCCUGGGACGCAAGCGGGCGAUUGAAAGUACACAACUCCGACGCGCAGCACGAUUCAAGACUGAGAUUCUGGACCCGGAGCUUCGAGAACGAGGAACGUUUGAUGUCAAAUACAGCUCCGAGGACGGUGACAUUCUGGCUCUGAUCAACCUCGCGGCAGAAGGAAAGGUGACACUGAAACCACGAGACCCGCCUCGCGAAAAGUACGGCUUAACAGACGGAGGGUAUCUCACUCGCCAAAUGGACAAAGACAAGCUACGGUUCUCCAUCGAGGCCCAACCCAUUCAAGGGGCAUACGUAUACGGGAACCCGAUCCAAGAGCGCAUGUCGAGUCUCCCACCCCCAUGUCCGCCGCGAGUCAUCGUCCAACCGACCAUCUCAUUACCUGAGAAGAUCCCGAUCUGGCUAGACAUCCACGGCGAAUUCGUCAAGGUGCUCUGGGAUCUCGUCAUUGCAACCGUGGCAGGGUGUGUGGCAAUGCGUCCGGGCAUUAGUGCCGUCAACAUCGGCAACAUGGUCAAGCCGAUGAUGGGCGUGUGGGAGGUCCAGCUGCUGCUUGAGUGGAUGGCUGCCGUUGAUCUCGUCCGGCGAGUGGGCGAGGACGCUGGCGAGCAUACGGAAUGGGUGGUUCAGGAGUGGUGGUGGAUGGUACUGGGAUAG